GCCGGAGACCGUCUCCUCAGCCGGUUGCGCUUCCGAAGACGAGCGAAAUAACCGAACGUGUAUCGUCAUCUCUGGAUCAAGUGCCAAGUAGGUGACCUCGAUGGGAUUUCGGCUCGUUUUUUUCUUGGAUGAAGGCCAGAAGGAAGGCAUCUGAGAUUCACGUCAUGUGGACAUGACGCUCCGACAUGACGAUGAAAAACCUAGUGGGGAUCAUGUGGAUGAUUCACGUUUUAGUUCUAGGGUGUUCCGGUAAUCCAGACGCGAAACGCCUCUACGAUGAUCUGCUAUCGAACUACAACAAAUUGGUGCGACCCGUUAUCAACGUCACCGAUGCUCUCACGGUCAAAAUUAAGCUCAAACUAUCUCAACUUAUCGAUGUUAACCUCAAGAACCAAAUCAUGACAACGAAUUUAUGGGUUGAACAGGCUUGGUACGAUUACAAGCUCAAAUGGGACCCAAAAGACUACGGUGGCGUCGAAAUGCUUCACGUUCCUUCUGAUCACAUCUGGCGACCUGACAUUGUCCUAUACAACAAUGCCGAUGGAAAUUUCGAGGUGACGCUCGCCACGAAGGCGACGCUGAAUUACACGGGUCGCGUCGAUUGGAAACCGCCGGCCAUCUACAAGUCUUCCUGCGAAAUCGACGUCGAGUAUUUCCCCUUCGACGAGCAGACGUGCGUCAUGAAAUUCGGAUCUUGGACUUACGACGGCUUUCAAGUAGAUUUGCGUCAUUUGGACGAGAUGAAAGGAUCUAACAUAGUGGAUAUAGGUAUCGACUUGACUGAAUUCUACACAUCUGUCGAAUGGGAUAUCUUAGAAGUUCCUGCUGUAAGGAACGAAAAGUUUUAUACGUGCUGUGAUGAACCGUACCUUGAUAUAACUUUCAACAUAACGAUGAGAAGGAAAACGCUCUUCUACACCGUCAACCUGAUUAUACCGUGCAUGGGAAUCUCCUUCCUCACCGUGCUCGUGUUCUAUCUUCCCUCCGAUAGCGGCGAAAAAGUAAGUUUAUCGAUCUCAAUUCUACUGUCACUCACUGUGUUCUUCCUCCUUCUCGCCGAGAUCAUCCCUCCUACGUCGCUUGUGGUGCCUUUGCUUGGCAAAUUCGUGCUGUUUACCAUGAUUUUAGAUACGUUCAGUAUAUGCGUCACGGUUGUUGUGCUGAACGUGCACUUUAGAUCGCCGCAAACGCACGUUAUGGCCCCAUGGGUGCGAAGAGUCUUCAUCCACAUUUUACCGAGGCUAUUAGUAAUGCGCAGGCCUCAUUAUCAGUUGGACAGCAGGAGCCAUCGCGUCAUGGUCAGGACCUGUAACGGUCUCGAAUUGAGGGAUUCCGGACUCUAUCCGGACGCAUCGGAGCUGGUGGACGAUCCUUCCGGUUAUUUCCCGAACGCCAGUUCCAUAGACGAACUGACGCCGAGAGAACUGGAAGCCGGAGCGCUGAGAUCGUGCAGCAUCCACGGGACGACGCCGCCGCCCAGCAUGGCAUUCCAUUUGGGCGAGCACCUAUUAGACGAUAAAGGAAUAGGGCACAUAGAAGAUCACCUCAACGACGUCUUGUUGAACGACUGCCACCCGUGGCAUCAUUGUCCCGAGGUCCACAAAGCCAUCAACGGGGUUAGAUUCAUCGCUGACCACACGAGGAGAGAAGAGGACUCCACCAAGGUGAAAGAAGACUGGAAAUACGUGGCUAUGGUUCUGGAUCGUUUGUUUUUGUGGAUAUUCACAUUGGCGGUACUGGUAGGUACUGCGGGCAUAAUUCUUCAAGCGCCUACGUUGUACGAUGAUCGUCGGCCUAUCGAUAUCCGUUUGUCCGAAAUAGCCUCCACUACUGCAAAGCCUCAUCUCGCUAUUUCGUUAUAAUUUUCCGUAUAUUUUUUUAUGAACGUUCGGAUGUUUAAUUAAAUUAAAACAUAUCUAGAGAUAAAUAUUUUGGUUUUUAUGAAACAUUGAAUUAUGGUCGGGCAAUGAAAUUGUUCAUAAUUCAAUUAAAAAAAAAACGGUAGGAUUUUAGAAGUUUUCGAGUCAUAAAAUUUAAUGUAAUACCUAUUUACCUAUUGCAACAAACUGGUUACAUUUUAAUCGAAUAAUCUAUAAGCAACACACAUUCGUUAUCUAUCGAGUAGACGUAGAAAUGUAUCAACAGGGCCUAUUUUUAGUUUUUAUAGUUUUUGUAUACGCGAAUAGUCAAAAAGGCUUUUGUUGUUGAUGAAUGUCCAUUUUAGAAAAUUAUUUUAAAUCUGGUUAAGGAUCGCUCUUUUAUAUAAUUUUGUUAUUUUUUAAGAGACGAGAAAAUUUAUAUUUUUAAUAAAAACGAGCACCGAAAAAUAUUAAAAAAAGCAUAAUCAAUAACGAAACUACAGAACAUAGAAAAGUUCAAAAAUUUUAAAACUGUUAUACUGUUAGACGAAAAAUCGGGAUCAACUGUAUGUAAUCUCUAUUUCUAUAGUCUGUAGAUAAAAAAUAUAUAUAAUAAGACAUACGAUAAAAGAUUAUCUAAUUUUAAGCAUUGAAUAUUAUAAUAUUGUUUUUAAAACAGUUAUUGCUUAGUCAAUAUUAAAAUAAAAUGCGAUUUAUAAGAAAGUCAUUAUCGAAAUUACUAAAAGUCGGCAUAUGGAAUAUGAAUAUACCAAUUUUUCCAGUAAUUUCUUUAAUAUAUUAACUUGCCUUGACAUAAAAUAACCUUUUUAUAAAAAAUGAAAUCUCGGCUUCGAAACUAUGAAAAAAUAUUUUCGUAUAGAUUUGUAUUAAGUAUUUAAUUCAGGGUGUUUUCGCUUAUAUCACGUAGGAAUUAAUACUUGCGAAUUUUCUCAGAAAAAAACGAUUACCUACUAUACGUUCUAAAACUCCUGGAUUAUCAAAUGGAACUGAAUAAUUGUUCAAAACCAUAGAAUUUAAAUGUGUGUAGAGAUUUUAAGCAUUAAAUUUUUGUUUUUUUAGGUGUCAA